GGGACGGACAGCCCGUUCUGCCCUUCUUCGCGCGCUCUGGGAUGGCGUCUAGCGUUCCGCGAAAGGAUUACGGCAACGUCUGAAGAGGAGGAGGAGGUUUCUUUUUCCCACCUGGAAGGGGAAGCCGCUGUCAAGCGAAGAUAGGCGGCAUGGUACCUCUCUGGCCGUUGGGGACCUUGUGGCUGGCUUAUUUCGCAGCUCGGGCUGUGGCGAGCGACGAUGCUCCCUUGAAGUGCGAAGAUCUGCGAAUCGGCCAAUAUAUAUGCAAAGAUCCUAAAAUAGACAAUGCAACCCAAGAACCCAUGAAAUGUACUAACCACACUGCAUAUGUUCCCUGUCUUCCAGCCCCAAAUAUUACUUGUAAAGAUUUCAGUGGAAAUGAAACUCAGUUUACUGGAAAGGAAAUUGGAUUUUACCAGCCCAUUGAGUGUCGAAGUGUAAAUGGUUACUCCUAUAAAGUAGCAGUAGCUCUGUCUUUGUUUCUUGGCUGGUUGGGAGCAGAUCGGUUUUAUCUAGGAUAUCCUGCAUUAGGUUUGUUAAAGUUCUGCACAGUAGGCUUUUGUGGAAUUGGUAGUUUGAUUGACUUCAUUUUGAUUUCAAUGCAGAUUGUGGGUCCUUCUGAUGGUUCUAACUACAUAAUAGAUUAUUAUGGUGCAAGGCUUACCAGGCUGAGUAUUACCAAUGAUACAUAUAGAAAACCUCAAAUGUACCCUUAAUCUUACCAGAGUUCACUUAUUUUAUUUGAGUGUGAGAAGAUGCCUGCGUAUGAAAUUAUGAAAGAGGACCGUCUUCAGAGGAUUGAGAAGUUUCAUCAACCCUUGUUGUCAGCUCUUUGUGCACAAAGGAAAAAUAGUAGGCUAUAUUAUAAUGCGCUCUGCUGAUCCUACAAAAGGAGUCAGAGCCUUUGUGCCAACUGUAACCUUAUUGAAAAGAAGACAGUGACUUAUCUUUUAAAUUAUUUGAUAAAUAAAAGCAAAAGAUGGACUUUUAAUAACGAAUGCAUCAUGACCUAGUGCCCAAAGGACUUUAUACAAGUUGUACAAAAACUGAAAACUCUGUGUGGAUGUAAAGGGAAAAACAGGAAGAAAUUACCUCAUCGCUCAACAUCCCUUUCCCUACUGCUAUUUGAAAAGGAGAAAUCACACACCAGAAUGUGUUGUUAUGCAGAUGUACCAGGUUCCAGCUCAUUCACUCCUUCCCUCCCUCACAUCAAGCACAUUCUGUACUUUUGGCAGUAAGUUGAUGGGAUAUUUAGAAGCUGUGAACUGUUCUGAAAGUUUCACAUAGUGGGUUAUGGGCCAUGUGUGUUUGAUCAAAAUUCAAUUACUGCACUGCGCCAGGCUUGGAAACCUAUCAUUGCGAGUUAUGAAGUAUGACGAAAUAAGCUUCUCUAAUUGGUUCAGUAUGGGGAGCAGUCUCAACCAAGCUUGUUAUGAUAAAUAGCUUCCUAUGUUAAAGGUUCUCCAGAGCUUAAGUGUCUUGGCUCACCUCCUUCAAAAGAAUAAGAAUAUUGUUCCCUAGGAACAUUUACAUCAUUGUCUCUUUUCCCAGGUUGGAGUUAAAUAUUUGUAGCAUUUUUAUCUUGCUGUUCUUGAGGAAUCUAAACAUAAAUAUAUGUCACUUCACCAAUUAUAAAAUACCUUGUGUCCCUGUACCACACUGGUUAGUAGUAAUGUCACUUCUGUCAGCUUGGAAAACCUUAGCUGUUGUUUAAAGUCAAAUCCACUUUACAAGCCCUUUAAAAAAUGAUGUUGAAAUACUCUGCAACUCCUGCCGCUACUAAAAGUAUUCCACACAUGGAUUCUUUUUAGUAGAUUUCUGUUAUGGAAAUAAUCUCUGAUUAUCCUCUUGUAAGCAAACAGAGGUAGAACUAGAGCAGUCUCAGGCUACUAUAUACCUGUCUGCAUUAUGGUGUUUCAUGUGCACAGAUGCUAUUUCACUUUAAGAAAAAGGCAUAAAGUAUAUUAUUUUUCUGCUUCUUUGGUUAAGAAACUAGGGGAAAAUAAGCCUUGUCGUUCCUUUAGUAAUUUGUCUUGUUGAACUCAAAUUAGUUAUCAGAAUAGGUCAUUUCUUUUUUCCUGUAGUAAUUUAAUACACGGUUAUAGAGGUUUCGUUUGUUUUAUGAGCUUUGAUCUCAUCAUAGUUUGCCUUUAUAUUUAAAUGUCCUCCAUAACCUUCUAACAAAAGAUGUGUGUAACGCUGAAGUCGGCAUUUUCAGCAUGUACUACAUUUGCUGCAAAAUUUCAAUUUUAUAAACCAUUCCCCUUAGUCAUCACUUAAUCAAGCGAUGACUAAGUGCAGCAAUACAAAAUUAAAGGGAGAAAAACUUGACACAAUAAAUGUAAAAUCUACAUCUGGGUAAGAUAAGAAACACGUACCCCCCAUUGUUUUUCAAAGUAGAAUGGGAUCAAAUGUUUUUAAACAGGUGAUAGGAGGAGAUACGUAAUGGAAAAUAUCAUUAGCUUGGGCAGAUGACUGGGGGUUUUUUAGAGCAAAACUCGGAAGAAUAUUGUAUUACAUUUCUUAAUAAUAAUUCUGCAAGAAGUAACUUUACCUUUAAAAAUAGAAUAUGAUGCCAGGCAUUUAUGCUCAUCUUCCUUCUGGCAAAUCAGCUUUUUUUUUGUAUUGAAUCUCACUUGAUUGAAUAGCAUUGGGGUUGCCAGAGUAAAUGCUAUUAUCAAUGUACAGUAAUUAAGGAAAUAGUCCUUGUCACUCGAACUGCAUCCAGGCUGUGCCUGCUGUAAUAAAGUUAAAUGAUAAAGAAAUCUCUUUAAAUAAAGUGCAACUGCUGGA